AUGGCACCUUUCCCAAUCGACUCGAGUCAUGGCUUACAGAGCCUGGCCGACCUGUUCAAUACACUGAUUGAGUGGCUCUCUCAGCCUCAAAUCCUUGCCAUCAUCAUGGCAUGGGCCGUCACAUUUACGGCAAUCUGUACCCUGAUUAUCUGCUUGGGUUUCGGCCCAGUUGGGAUUGGUGCAGGAACACUCGCUGCUGCAUUUCAGUCGUACAUGUAUGGAGCCUUUACCCCAGCCGGAGGGAUCUUUGCGACGCUCACCAGCAUGGCGAUGCUGGGUACUUUGAUGCCGGCCGCAGCUAUUCUGGCUGCUGUGGUUGCCACAGGAGCGGCAAUACUCGUAUGGGCCUUGGGGAUUGGCCGAUCAUGA